AUGGCAGCUCAAGCAGCUCCAGCAGAAGAGCUUAGCAAGCUCAGCGUCGAGGAGACCAAGCCCGUCCCCGCCGCCAACGGCAACGACAGCGAUGCCGAGUCCGGUGACGAGGAAGCCGAGGAGGGUGCUGCCGCCCCUGCCGCCGGUGCCGCCAAGAAGAAGAAAAAGAGAAAGCCCAAGAAGAAGAAGAAGGCCCCGACCAGCCAGAGCGAACCUCCGCGUGUCCUCGUCUCGCAGCUCUUCCCCAACAAGCAAUACCCCAAGGGCGAGGAGGUCGAAUACGCCAAUGACAACCUGAAGCGCGUCACCAACGAGGAGAAGCGCCAUCUCGACAACCUUGCCUCUAACCAGGAGUUCUUGACCGAUUACCGCCACGCCGCCGAGGUUCACAGACAGGUUCGCCAGUGGGCGCAGAAGAGCAUCAAGCCCGGCCAGAGCCUGACCGAGAUCGCCGAGAAUAUCGAGGAUAGUGUGCGUGCCUUGACCGGCCACAGCGGUCUCGAGGAGGGUGACGCUCUCAUUGCCGGCAUGGGUUUCCCUACCGGUCUCUCCAUCAACCACUGCGCGGCGCACUACACCCCCAACGCCGGCAACAAGAUGGUUCUGCAGGAGGACGACGUCAUGAAGGUGGAUUUUGGUGUGCACGUCAACGGCCGCAUCGUCGACAGCGCCUUCACCGUCGCCUUCAACCCCCGCUACGACCCUCUUCUCGAGGCCGUCAAGGCCGCCACCAACGCCGGUAUCAAGGAGGCCGGUAUCGACGUGCGUGUGGGCGACAUUGGCGCUGUCAUCCAGGAGGUCAUGGAGAGCUACGAGGUUGAAAUCAACGGCCAGAUGCUCCCCGUCAAGUCCAUCCGCAACUUGAACGGCCACACCAUCAACCACUACAGCAUCCACGGCACUAAGAGUGUGCCGAUCGUCAAGAGCAAUGACCAGACCAAGAUGGAGGAGGGCGAUGUCUUUGCUAUUGAGACUUUCGGCAGCACGGGUAACGGUUACGUGCACGAGGAGGGUGAGGUUUCGCACUACGCCAAGCGUGGUGAUGCGGCCAAGGUCGACCUCCGUCUGUCGUCUGCCAAGUCGUUGUUGAACGUUAUUACCAAGAACUUUGGUACUCUGCCUUUCUGCAGGCGUUACAUUGAUCGUUUGGGUCAGGACAAGUAUCUUCUCGGGUUGAACAACCUUGUGUCGCAAGGUAUUGUCGAGGCUUACCCCCCACUGGUUGAUAAGAAGGGCUCUUACACUGCCCAGUAUGAGCACACCAUUCUGCUCAGACCUACCGUGAAGGAGGUUAUCAGCCGUGGUGAUGAUUUCUAA